GACACUCGGCCCUCCGUGGAACCGGUUUGACACCUGUGCAAUACAGGAAGAGCGCUACUGCUAUUGCCUUUUUUGGCAAUAGCAAAACGUUAAGUUUCAAUUUGAAGAAUUGAGAGGUCGCAUUAUCAUCACGCCGCUGUCUCCCGGGAAGGCAAGACGUUACGUAAGCAUUAUAAACAGGAAGUAUUUGGGAUUUGCCGGCAAGAGCCCGAUCAUCAUGGGUAAGAGUUGUAAAGUAGUAGUGUGUGGUCUGGCAGCUGUCGGCAAGACUGCUGUUCUGGAGCAAUUGCUGUAUGCCAAUCAUAUUGCAGGCUCAGAACCCAUGGAGACCCUGGAAGACAUUUACAUUGGCUCCAUAGAAACGGAGCGUGGUACUCGAGAGCAGGUGCGUUUCUAUGACACCAGGGGACUCCGCGAUGGUCUGGAAUUCCCCAGGCAUUACUACACCUUUGCAGAUGGCUUUGUGCUGGUCUACAGCAUUGACAGUAAGGAGUCCUUCAAACGCAUGGAGGCUCUCAAGAAGGACAUUGACCGUUACCGUGACAAGAAAGAGGUGACCAUAGUGGUGUUGGGCAACAAGCUGGACAUGCAGGACCAGAGGAGGGUGGACUCGGAGGCGGCCCAACACUGGGCCAAAACAGAGAAGGUGCGUCUGUGGGAGGUGUCGGUGGCCGACCGGCGGACUCUCAUUGAGCCCUUCGUCCACCUGGCCAGCAAGAUGACCCAGCCCCAGAGCAAGUCUUCUUUCCCUCUUAGUCGUAACAAGAACAAGGGGAGUGGCUCUCUAGAUAGCUGAGUGAGCAGGGAGCAUAGGAAUAAGGAAGGACAUCAUUUGGGGGGGAAGGGGGGGGGUAAAAGUAGGCUGACAGGGAUGUACACUGACUGACUCAGAAACAAUGUCUUCGUGGAUAAUUUGACUGAUAUUCUUGACUGAUCUUUGACAACAAGGACAUCAAAAGAAACAUAAGCUCGUAAUCAGAAGGUUUUGAAUUACGGAGGAUAUAUAAGGGAUUAUGUUACUGUAAAAGGAGAUUUGUUACACUCCUAGCAUGCCAUCCACUUUGGCAAUUUUUUUAGCAUGGGCAAUUUCCCCCAUGCUAAAAUAAUUUGGUCUGAGCGAGAGGCUCUUUCCCUGUCUGUUACCUUUUGAGGAGAUCAUAACCACAGCCUUAGCAUGCUAGCCUAGCAUGUCACAAAUUAAUUUGUCCAUGAAGACUCUUUACCUCAGUUUAAAGGUCUUUGUUACUCUACCUUGGUUGGAUGAAAUUCAACUCUAUUAACAUUUCUGAUUAUGUAAUCGACGAAAGCAAUUUUAUGCUGUAUCAGGAUCAGUAGUUAUUGUACAACAUUUCAUGUGUGUAUCACUGCCAAAUUCAAAAUGCCUUUACCUUUUUUUUGUGUGGCUUUGUCUAAUGGAUAUAUAACACCAAACAAAAACUAGGCCAAGGCAUGGAAUGGUGUCCACAGAUCUUUAUAUUUGUUUGUUUUGACUUGCAACAAAUUAUGUUUUUUUGCAUCUGCAUCUUUAGGUCUGUAUUGUUUAGAUGCACAUUGUUUUCUAGAUACAAUUUGUAUGUUCUGAUGGAAUAUACAGUACCAUGUUUAUCUUAAAAUGUGGAGACUGGAUAAUGAUUUUCAUGUUUUCUGAAAACAAAUUAAGAUUCAAUCUACAUCUGUUUUGAGUGUGCUGUGUAGUUAUUUUUAUGUGUGUGGUAU